GGCGCCUCCUGCUGCUUUCACGGUCCCUUCCUCCGGUGGCUUAUCGAUCCCAGCUAGUCGAUCAUUAGCUUUUGUGUGAGAAUGCUGUCUGCGGAGUGUCACUUUGUGUCCGUUGUUUCUGGCUGAAGGUAUCCGGUACCGGGAGGCUUUAAUGUUCCGUGCAGCUAAUUUAAAAACCAUCGGCAAAGCGGGAACUGGCUGGCACUUUCGCCGGACGAUGGACGAGCUGGUCCACGACCUGGUGUCAGCGCUGGAGGAGAGCUCGGAGCAGGCGGCUCGCGGCGGCUGUGGAGACGGAGGAGAUCACGCUCUGGCCGUCGGCUGCCUGCUGAAGAGGCAGGCUAGGAAACGACGAGGCAGGAAGAGACGCUCCGACAACCCACACCCGCCCUGGGAGACCGGACACCUCAGCGAGGGCUCCGAGUCCAGCGUGGAGGAACACAAGGACUACCGAGCCAGCACCGGAGGCGUCUCUGCCGCCAACAGCCACGCCCGCGAUAACAGCGACUCGGACGAGCAGCUCGGCCCCAAACGGAGAAACCCCCACUCUGCUGAGGUGGGCCGGAGCAAGAGGCCGCUGUGGCCGGACGACCUGGGCGUGUUGGGGUCGGCAGAGGGAACCCGCAGCCUCAGACGGCGCCGUAAAGUCAAACGCAUGGCCGUGGACCCGCCAGCAGAACCAGAACCUCCCUCCUGCACCAUGCUGGGGCCCCCGCCGGUCCCCAAAGCCCGGGUCGUUGGCCGGCCCCCCAGACUGGGUCCCAUGGAGCUCUGUGGAGGAGGAGGCCUGGUGAUGUCUGGAGGGGGGAAGAACCGGGUGAAGAAGAGGAAGCUGGCCUCCCACAGACCGGGGCUGGAGGCUGCAGAUGAGGGGGUGGUGGUGGAGAGCGAGGACCCUGUCUGCUCCCCACUGGGAGCCUCCAAGGACAAGAUGGAGCUGGAGGAGCCCAAGGGCUCGGAUGAGGACAUGAGUGACAGGUGUGAGACCAGCAGUGUCAGCAACAGCAGCGACGGGGGACUUUACACCAACGACGAAGGGAGACAAGGUGACGACGAGCAGAGCGACUGGUUCUACGAGGGCGAGCCGGGUUCUGUUUCUGGACCCGGAGGGGCCUGUGGGAUAGCAGGAGUGGUUCCCUGGUGGGAGAGGGAGACCGGGUCCGAGGAACUGGACCUGGCCGACCCGGUCUUCAACAGCAUCCUCACCGGAUCCUUUCCUCUCAUGAGUCCUGGAGCGCAGAGAGGGUUCCAGGCCAGGUUGAGCCGUCUCCAUGGAAACCAGCAGGUAUCCGACGCCGGGCUGCAGGGAAGCUCCAGUCAAAGCUUCAACGAAAGGCUGAGCAGACAGAACCAGGAUGCCCACGAGCCGUGGUUCAGCUCAGGAUCCAGGAGAGAGCACGGGCAGCUGCACUGGGAGCCUCGAACAGACCGAGGACAUCGGAGGAGCUGCUCAGUUAAAACAGCCAGCAGACAGACCAGCGGACAUCUGGGCUCUUUGUGCACCGGAGACGUGAAGCGACGACGGAAAGCCGCCCCCCUCGGCUCCACCGCCCCCUCAGGCGUGGUCGGGGAGAGCGCCGCCCCCAUCCCAGACUCCAACGUGGGCAGCCGGAUGCUGCAGAGCAUGGGCUGGAGCCCGGGGAUGGGCCUGGGCCCGGAGGGACGGGGCAUCACCGAGCCCAUCAGAGCCACUCAGAGACCCAAAGGCACCGGGCUGGGCUUCAACUGAACCGCCGGAGGAGGGUCGUCACGGCGACGGACCAAGGAGGAGGAGCUUUCCCAUAUUGGGGAAGCAGCAGAAAGCCGAACGGACUCCGGAUCUGGAGGAGGAAUAAAGAAAAAAAAAAAAAAACGGCUCCGAGAAACUUACCAGAGAACUGCCUGGUUCUGGUCUACGGUUCUGGUCCACGGUUCUGGUCCACGGUUCGGUCACAUGUUGCACAAGAACUCCAAAUACCUCAGAGACUUCAGGUUCCUGAUGAUGGCAGGAAUCUGAUUCGUUAAAGGAUGAAGAUAAAACUCUGAAAUGUAGCGGCGACUUUAAGCAGGAAGCUGAAUAAUUUAAGGUUCUAAACGAGCUGCUGGGACUUCUCCUUUAAUAUGACACGGAGAACCGGUUACAAUUUAAAUCCAGACUCCGGCCUCGUCCACAUGAGCACAGAUGUUUUAUUACAUCUACAGAACGAAGCUGCUAAAGACAGGAAGACAACGAUUAACCGAUUAGUUGUCGACUGUUUGAUUAAUCUGCAGUCGAUUUUAGAAUUGAUUUUUCAGCUUGAGUAAGAGAAAACAGUUUAAAUUCUGUGGUUUUAGCUUCUUAAAUGUGAAUGUUUUCUGGUUUCUUUCCUCCUUCAUGUCAUUAAUUUGAAGAUCUUUGGACAAAACGAGACAUUUGAGGAAACUGAUACAUAUUUUUCGCCAUUUUCUGACAUUUUAGAGACAAAACCAGUAAAUUUUUUAAUCAAUAUUUACACCAAUCUUUAGUUUCAGCCCGUUAAAAAACUCUCCUCAAACCAAACUCCAUCCAAAAAUGUUCAAAUUUAAACCAGACAGAAAAUAUUUUUGAGUAAAUCCUCAUUUUUAGCUCCAAGUUUGGUCUCCUCCAGAUUAGAUAUUUAGUACAAUCAGUCUAAAUUCUGUGAUUCCAGCUUCUUCAGCGUGAAUAUUUUCUGUUUCUUUCCUCUUUUAUGACUGUAACCUGAAGAGCUUUGGACUAAAUGAGAAACUUGAGGAAACUCUGAUCCACAUUUUUCAUAAUUUUCUGAUAUUUUAGAGACAAAACAGCUGAUUGAUUAAUCAGGAAGUAAAGAAAAAUUACUGUACUGUGCUCACUUAUUCAACGUUUAUUUUACCAGUUAAAAAUGCUUGAAACCAAAUUGUCAUGAGCGAACAUGACCUGGUAGUAGGAAAUUUAAUAUUGUAGGUUUUUUCUUCCUCUAUGACAAAAAAAACUCAAUAUUUCUGUUUUUUUCUUCUCUUGUUACAGAAAAUUUUAUAAUUUUGUUUUUUUUCUUCCUUUAUUACAGAAAACUGAAUAUUUUUAAUUUUUGUUCAGCUUCCGAUACAGAAAAUUGAAUAUUUCGGGGAUUUUUUUUCUUCUUCAGACAGAAAAUUUAAGAUGUUUUUUUCUUUUUGUAAUACAGAAAAUUUUAUGUAAUUUUUUCCCUCCUUUGCAACAGAAAACUGAAUAUUUUUGUUUUUUUCUUCCUCUGACAGAAAAUGUAAGACUUUUUCUUUUUCUGUUACAGAAAAUUUUAUUUUUUCUUCCUUUGACAGAAAAUUGUAUUUUUAAAAUUUGUUUUUGUUUUUUAUGACGGAUAACUGAAUAUUUUAAUUUUUUCCUUUUUUUGAAAGAAAGCUGAAUAUUUUUUUAUUUUUCUCAUUUUCUGCCAUCAUUUUCGAGCCCAAAUAACUAAUGGAUUAAUCAAUAAUAACAAUAAUAGUAAUUUGUUGCAGCCCCAGUAGAUUCUAAAUAUCUUCACUGUGGACAGAUUUUUCCAAACACAUUAAUUUCAUGCUCCUAGAAAUACAAAAAAUGCAAAGUUUUAAAGCUACAUGAAGAUGAGGCUUCGAAGUUUAUUUAGAAAAUGAGAAAACCGUUUUGUAAAUGAUUUGUGGGCAAAAAAAUAGAAUCUUUUAGAAGAUUUCUGUGGAUGAAAACUAAAGUGCAGCUGAGAGAUUGAAGAACAGAAGACUUUUUUUUUUCUUUGAACGGCUUCGUUUUAACCAAAACGAUGUUUUUUGUUUGUUAUUUUUUAAUUCUACUUCUCCAAAUGAAACAAAUGUGAAUUUGAGUGACAGAAAAACUUCAUUAAACGUGAAAACUGUCUGAA